AUGAUGAAGAGUCAGUCUGAUCUUCUGCUAGGAAUGAGAAAGCACAGUGUCCUUUAUAAUUCUCUUUCAAAAGUUUUAGACAGCGUAGGUAGAGGUGAAGCUCAUAGUAAUUCUGACUAG